AUUCAAGUCUCUCCGCGGUAACUUCCUGUGUUGCAGUAAGGAGUAAAGUCUUCUUACCGUUUAGUUUCACUUUUACCUUCGACGUACCGUGGCGGAGCGAGAGGACUAAGGAGGGGAGCGUGUUAGCCGCGGACUCUGUUGCUUAUCUAAAUAUUGGCAGAAGAUAUCUAUUCCCGUGUUGGCACUGAUGGCUGAAGAUACUAAACAUUAUGCUGAUGCAGUGGAUGCAAAACCUUCGAGAACUGAUCGGUUAUCUAUCUUUGCAAAAAAAAAGAAGAAUGAAUGGGAAGGUCAACCAGAGGAUUCAUCUGGUAACCAAUAUCGGAUUAUUAUCCCUACAUUCCAAUAUAAUAUAGCCUAUAAGAAGCUUGGUAAAUGCAUUAUUAUAAACAAUAAGAAUUUUGCAAAAGAGACAGGGAUGUGUAUACGAAAUGGUACCGACCAAGAUGCUGGUGAUUUGCAAAAAUGUUUUCGGGACAUUGGUUUUGACGUUUCCAUCUAUAAUGAUCUCACCUGUAAGAAAAUGAGGGAAAUUCUUGGUGAAGUUGCCAAUGAAGACCAUCGUGACGCUGCUUGUUUUUCCUGCAUAUUAUUAAGCCAUGGAGAUGAAGGCCGUAUCUAUGGCACAGAUGCAUUCAUGGCAAUCAAGGAUUUGACAAUACUUUUCAGAGGAGACAAAUGCCAAAGCCUAAUUGGAAAACCCAAAUUGUUCUUUAUUCAGGCAUGCCGCGGUUCUGAAUUUGAUGAUGGGAUUCAGACAGAUUCAGGUUCUUCAAAUGACACUUUGGAAAUGGAUGCCAAUCCAAGAUACAAGAUUCCAGUUGAAGCAGAUUUUUUGUAUGCAUAUUCCACUGUACCAGGUUACUAUUCCUGGAGGAAUUCAGGAAAAGGAUCCUGGUUUGUGCAGUCUCUUUGCUCAGUGCUGAAUGAGUAUGGCAAAAAUCUGGAGAUCUUGCAGAUUCUGACCCUGGUUAACUACAGAGUAGCAAGAAACUAUGAAUCUCAAUCUGAUGACCCACGCUUCUGCAGGAAGAAGCAGGUUCCUUGUGUGGUAUCCAUGCUAACCAAAGAACUUUAUUUCUGUAAAUUGGUGCCACCAGCACAACAAAUUUAAAAUACAUAAUGCAUUAUAACUUGCAAUACAUUUUUAAUCUAAGCUGUUCCAGCAAGAAGCAAUCAUAGACCUAGAGUUAAAAUUGAUGAAGGGCAUUAAAAAUACACAAUGCCAAGAUUACCUCAGUCAAUUAAUAUAUUGAUUUUCACGGUGCCACAUGUUCCUGUAUUGUUGGAGGUGCCUAUUCCUUGUUUCUAUUUUCACCGGGAGCAAUCACAAUAUUUCUCUGGAGUCUUUCUUUCCCCAUCAUACAAAUAGCUCAUUUUUCCUCUAUUAAUUACUUUUUUUAGCUUUAUAAUUAAUUUAUAAGAAUAAUUGUAUAUAUUUGUCAAAUACUCCAGUGAUAU